GCUGUUUCGCCGUUUGGACGUGCUGCUCCGGGCACCGGGCUCUGAGCAAAUUGUGUUUCGCCUCCGAACAAAAUUCUAAUACGUUUAGAAAAAUCAACAAUUAAAUCGCGCAAUCACUGGAAAUACCCCAAGAUCAGUUUAAAAAAGAAAUGUUCCGAAAUCGUGCGGAUAGAACAUCUGGCGUGGUGAACAGUGACUUGUGAUUUAGAUGGUUAACGAAUAGCAGCCCGAGAAUUGUUGCAUAUACGGAAUCGCAUGGAUAUUGAAAAAGAUAUAUAUGAAGAAGAUGCGAAGGCUCGACUCUUGACGGAGUCCAGACCGAGAUCCCCAGUCCAGAAGCGAGUCAAAGUCCUCGAGAAGGACAAAAGCCACUUGAUGAGCGGCUGGAGCGCUAUGCUCUGAUCUGCUUUGUUGGAUUGAACAAGGCGAGCGAUAACCAUAACUGGAAUAGCGGCCAAAGUAAUUUGAAUUUGUGCAUGCGCCGGGAGGGAACGAGAGCGCUGCAAACUGUGUACAUAUUUUGUCUCUGUCUGUUUCCGGUCGCCUGCGAAACUGUGUGUGUGCUAGUGAGUGUGUGUGCAUUUCGCGUAAAUAAAUGCAAUACAAAAACUGAAACAGCAAAAUCAGAAGAAACAGGAAUAACAAGCGAAAUGGCAAAAAGUGCAGUUAAGCGUGGAAAUUGCAUUAAAAAUUGAGCAAAAAAAUUGAGAAAACGAAAAGCGGCGAAAAGACAAAAAACGGAACAAACAAAGACGCGAAACGAAUCGCUAGAGUUAACGAGCGCUAAAAAGCAAAAACAACAAAAGAAAAAGAAAAACAAACAAAAAGACAGACAAAGGCGGGAAAAAAAGAGUGAAGUUUUGAUUGAAAUUUUCACUGUUCUUUUAUCCUUUUGUGGAUUGUGUAAAUUUCUGAUUAAGCAACAAGAAACCAUCAACAAACGCGAGGCGCGAAACGUAAAAUAAUAUCCAUCCAAAAAAAGGAUUCACGCUUCCAGUUUCCACACAACUUAAUUCGAUCUAGCGAAACUUGGUAAGGAGUAUCAAAUAUCAAAUAUCUAAUAUCGAAGAACUUUUUUUUGUAAUCAAGCAUCAAAGCACUGGCGCAGUUCGUGUUUCAAUUUCUGUCAUGACAGUUCGGGCCUACAUUUUGCUAUAUUUUUUAUUGUUUAUGCACAACAGCAAGAUCGCCGCUUGCGUUUCGCCCAGCCAUAAACACAUCUGACUGAUACACACCAAAUUGAGCCGUGAACACUGAAAUUCGAGUGCGAGUGCCAGUGCGAAAGCGAGUGAGUCGUGCAGUAAAAGUCAGAGUCAAAGUCAGCCAACCAGCCAAGCAGCCAGCCCCACCUAACGUCCACACAAAACAGCCCGAGAAGUCGGGUCGUUGACAAAGUAACGCAUUUAGUGAUAAGAGCCAAACGACUUUGGCAAAAUGAGCAGCCAAAACAUGAGCAGCAGCAGCAGCAGCAGCAGCAGGAGCAGGAGCAGCAGCAGUAGCACAAGGAGCAGCAGCAGCAGGACGAGGAUGGGCCAACUAUUGCUCCUUAUCGGCAUCGCCGUCGCAUCAUGUUUGCCGGGAAUCGAGGGCUUCCAGCGGUUCUCGGAACAGCCCAAAUACACGGAGGUGAAUCCCGCCGAGGACACCCUGCUCACAUGCAAAGUUAUCGACAAGCGCGGCACGUGCUCCUGGCAAAAGGAUAACAAGCCCGUUGGCAUCUACACGAAGAAGUACGAAUGGGCCUCACGUAUGCCGACGAGCGACAACGGGAACGUCCUGCAUCUGGACCUCCAUCCGCCGGCGGUGCAGCUUGGCGGCGACUGCUCCCUGUGGAUCCGCUCGGCCACGCUGGACUUCGACGACGGCCUGUGGGAGUGCCAAGUGACGGCCAGUGAUUUCACCACCCAGGAUGCCCUCACCAGCCAGCCAGUGCGCCUUGUCGUACGUGUGGCGCCGCAGCGGCCGAGGCUCGAAUACGAGGCGGUACACGUGCCGCCGGGACACAACAUCACCGCAGACGCCGGCGCCCUGGCGACGGUCAAGUGCGUCUCGCAUUACGGCAAUCCUCCGGCCACCCUCAAAUGGUUCUUGGGCGACCAGGAGAUCUCGGCCAUCCACCCGCAAAUGAAUGCCACCGAGCCGGAUAAUCCACGCACUUGGUCGGCCACCUCGGUGGUGCAGGUGUCGGCCAUGCGGGAGCGCCACGGAGAUAUCCUGCGGUGCGCCGCCUCCCACGAGUCCUACACGGCCAAAUCGGUGGCGGUGGAGGCGCGGCUGGACGUGAAAUACGCGCCGAGCAUCCGUCUAAUUGGCUCACCGGAAAUCGACUUGGAGGAGGACAAGGAUGCCCUGGUGCUGCGCUGCGUGGCCGAUGCCAAUCCCCCGGCCAGCAUCGUCUGGCGGCGGGCCGGACGCUCCGAGAUAGCCAGCUUGCAGGAAACUCUGCAAUUGCGUCCCGUCGGACGUCGCGAUGCCGGAUUGUACACCUGCCAGGCGCAGAACUCGGUGGGCACCUCUGAGCAGCUGUCGGUACAGUUGGAUGUGAAAUAUGCACCCAAAAUUAUUUCAGCUGGUCCGGAUCGACUCACCACCGCCCCGCUAUUCAGUCCCGCCGCAUUUGAGUGCCUGGCUGAUGGUAAUCCCCUGCCAUCCUUCAAGUGGGUACAGAGAAUGGCCCAUGGAUCGAAGUACGUGGAGCGGGGCUCCGAGUCCAGAUUGGUCAUCGACAACGUCACCUACGAGUACCAGGGCGAGUACGAGUGCCGGGCGACCAGCUACAUCAAUGGCCAGGAGCGGGUGGCCAUAUCCGAUCCGGUGUCGCUGCAGGUUGUGGGUGCUCCGCAGGUGCUGCGCCUGCACCCCUCCCUGCACACCGUGGCCGUGAAGCGAGGAGAGGCGGCCAGCCUGACAAUGGUCGUCUGUGCGGAUCCGCGGCCACAACGCGUCGCUUGGGAAUGGGGCUCGCUUCGUCUGGAGGCCGGCUCGGGCAUCGAUCGUUUCCGGGCAGACGACAUGCAGCCGGACACCCGCGAGGAUUGCUACCUGUCCACGUUGCACAUCCUCCACACGGACGAGCACGACUCCAGGCCCUACUACUUGGUGGUGGAGAACGAGCGGGGCACCGAUCGUCAUGCCAUACACCUGAUUGUGGAGGGUACGUUUGCAGAACCCUACGAGAUGAGCUAUCUGAUGGGCGUGGCCGGGGGCUGCAUGGCUGCCAUCCUUUUGCUGGUCUGCCUGUGUAUCUAUGCGAUCAAGAGCAAGAGAUGCUGCUUCAAGGGUUCCACGGGCUAUAAAUCAUCGGAUAAAGACAGCGAGAAAGCUGAUUUGAAAUCACGCUCGGAUAGCACGAGUGGCCCUCAAGGUGAUUCGAUUUACACCACGCCCGCGGGUUUCCAUCAUCACCAGCAACAGCAGCAGCAGCAGCAGCAACAGCAACAGCAGCAGCAACAACAGCAGCAGCAGCAGGCAGCAGCGGCAGCAGCAGCCGCUCUACAUGCCGCAUCUCAACACCCGCAGCAACAGUAUCCGGGACAUGGAUCGCCGGAGGCAAUGAAGAGCGUGCCGGUGCUUCGAACAUUUGGCGGUCAUCACAUCGCGUAGCGCGAACGGGAUCGGGAAGUGGGCGUGGCCAGCUCGCCCUCGACCACGAUAGCCACGCCCACCGGUACGCCGCCCCUGCUGCCGCCGCUGCCCAAUGCGUUUGUGGCCAUCAAGACGAAAUCGGACUGCAGCAGCAGCAACCACAGCAACAGCAACAACAGCAACAGCAACAACAGUUUGACCCUGAACAGCGGCAACAAUAGCUUCAAGUCGAGCGGUCAUCGGAAGUCGCCCCAGCCGCCCCCGCUGCCCAUGAAAAACGGGGCCAAGCAGCAGCAGCAGCAGCAACAGCAGCAGCAGCAGGAGUCGCACUACCAACACCUGAGCUACCAGCAACAUCCCGGAAGCAACUCGCGCAACACACUGGAUCGCAAGCAGCAGAACAACGGCGACUAUUGCACCCAGAUCAAUCCGCACUAUCUGCAGACCUUCGACAGUUUGGACCACUACAGUGUGGCCACGAUGCAACAACAGCCGCUGCGCAGUCAGUCGAAGUCGCAGAUCUACAGCUACGGCAGCAGCGGCACCGCCAGCGACAACAGCAACCACCAGCAACUGGCGACACACCAGCAACACCAGCACUACCACAGCAGCAGCAACAUUGCCCACAUCGAGCACCACUACCAUCCGCAACACGGUGGCGAUCGCUACAGCCACCCGCAUGUGCAACAGCAACAGAUGCACCAGCAACAUCAGCAGCAGCAGCAGCACCACAGCCUGAAGCACACUAAGCACGGCAAGGGGCACAAGAAUGGCAAGCACGGCUCGAAGGGCAGCAGCAGCAAGUCGCAGGACGACUUCAAGGUCAUGCACAAGCAGCAGCAACAACAGCAGCAACAGCAGCAGCAACAACAGCAAAAGAGCAGCGGCAACAACAGCAAGCCGGCCAAGCGCAAUGGCUGCAGCAACCAAGUGUUGCCACUGCCACCGCAGCAACAGCAGCAGCACUACUCCAGCUCUAGUGAUAGCCUACCAUUUGAUAAUAACUAUUAUUAGACACCAGCACACACACUUAUUAACUCGGAAAAUGGUUAAGGGUGUCCCCUAAAAUCAGCAGUUAUGUUUUUGUUUUUAGUACUUUCAAAGGGAACUUCCAUAACUCAAACUGCCCGGACUAGAAGUGGUACCAUUAAAUUAUAAUAUAAUAAAACAAAGAACUCAAUUUUUGCCUGGCUUGAGUUAUAGAAGUUCAACUGCAUUUGCACACAUUUUUCUAGGUUUCUGAUUUACUUUCUUUGAUUUCUAAAACUGAUUUUUGUUUGGAGCACAAACAAAAUUCACAGAACUCAAACUCAUCUCUAGAACUAAGCUUAUUAUAAAUUGCACAAUCAUAAAAAUGAGUUCUUUCCAAUUAACACUUACAUAUAAGCCUUUUGUAUAAUUGGUAAAUGGGCACGGUAAUUGCUACUCUUAAAAUCAUUAUACAGCCACAUUAAGCAGUGAAACAAUGUUUUAAAAGGAAAUUCAACCCAGUCGUUGCAGUAUACAAUGCAUUUCCAUUUAUAUAACUCUGUAAUUUCUGUUUCUUAUUAUUUUAAAUUUUCUUAAUUGGUAUUACUUAACAUUAUCCUAAUUGGUGUGCAUUUGGGAAUUAAAAUUCCACAUGAAGUGCAGUCGUUUCACUAAUUACUUUUAUAAUUGCAAUUUGAAACCAUUGUACUUGAAGUAGGACCUACAUAUUUAAAUAAUGGAAUACUGAUGGAUUUUUGGGACAUCCUUUAAAUACCUGUGCACACACACAAACACACACUCACACAUUUGUGUUCGCCAAAUGGUUGAAAGUUUUCAUUUGAUUGAGAGAAUUUGCAAAUAGAACUUGGAGCUGCAAGAUGCAUUCGCAUACCUGAUUGCAAUGCAAAUUUGAUGCUGCGGCUGCCGGAAGACGAUUCCUGGCAUUUUUACAGCUGCCGCAUCAUAGGUAUAUUGAGACAGCAAAGGCUUGGAAAGAGUUUAAGUGUUUUGAAUGCCAUUUGUUUGGGCAGCUUGUUGUUUACGAAUGGAUAGCCUCUAAAUGAAUUGAAUAUUUACCUUAGUCUAUAAACUAAUUUAGUUGGUAGCAAAUGUCGAAACGCAAUUGAAAGCCAUUGAAAUGGCAUAUAUAAAGCUUAUUGUUAACUGUGUACAUAGAAUGGAUAAGCGUAUUAAGCUAGUUACUUCUAUUGUAGACUUAAGCCAGGCCCACCAGUGUCCCAUUAACCCUGACCCCCUGACCCGCUGACCCCCUAACUCCCUGACCCCCAGACCCUUUGGCCCAUUGUCUCCACAAAAAAAAAGAGAAAAAGCUCACCAGCCACCAUAUAACAGUGCACCCAAAAAAAUCAGACCGUGUUUUGUCCCCAACUCGGCUAAUCAGAGUUUUGUUUAUUUGUUUCAUUAACGAAUUGCUUGAAAUAUCUGCCAACUCAAACCACACAACAACAACAACAACAACAUCGACACAACCAUAAAAACCACAACACUGCUCACAACAACAAACACCUCCAGUCGAGUUCCCAGGCCAGAAGCAGCGGUCACGAUGAGCUGGGCAAUCUGCUCUGGCAGCAGGAUUCGUGCGAGUUCCUGGAGCAAUAUGCUCCCA